ACUAUUUUUAUUAGAACCAUCGCCUGAGGAACACAAAAAUUGUUUUUUUUUUAUGUUAGACCCAUUACAAAAUUUAAAGUUAUAUAUUUUAAAUCGUAAAUCGGGCCAAAAUGAGCAUCUUGCCGGAUGAGAACAAGGCGAGCAUCAUCAGCGUGGAGAAGCCACCACCUAGUUGGGUAGAAUGGGUCGAGAAGAAUUCCCGUCCUAUCCAGCGGCGUUUGUAUAGGGAGAGGCGCUGUCUAACCCGAUGGCAGUUACCAGGACCUAUGAAGAAGGCCCAAUGGAAAGAGUUCUGCGAGUGGGCAGCCACCAGAGCUAUGCCAAAGGAGCUGCCAGUGCCCGUAAAGAAGCCAUUACCCUGUCGUGAAAAGUAUUUGCCAUGCGCUAGGAAACCACGCAUAAUCGAUCCUGAAGACUUCCAGGGGAGGGUAGUGAAGCUGUCUACGCCUCUGGAGCGUAAGAAGACUCCAAAGCAUCAGUACAUCUAUCCGAUUCACACCUACUCUCCGGUAAUUGUGUGGGGACAGCCACCCCUUCAUGACAAAGGACGACCCUUCAAGCCACCACAGAAACCCUGCUGUUUCUUCAACGCCGAUAUCGAGGAUAAAUGGUGGGCAGAGCUUCGGUUUCCCAUUCGUAGGGCUGCUCUCAAAGCCACCAUUAGUCCACGUAUUCUUAACCUUUCGAAACCAAAGAUCACGCCUCAAUUCCCACCACAUUGCAUUCAUCCUGAACAUAUCUACGAUUAUCUGGAUGUGAAACCCCCGCCGAGGAAGAAGUUUACUCCCCAAGGAUGGCGCCUUCACCAAAUCAGAUUGCUCUACCUUUCCAAGCCGGUGUCACGGCCCGAAUUCGAGUACUUUUAUAUGUAAUACGGUGUUAUAUGGUGUCCAAAGUAGCUGUUUAGAAUCCAAGAUAAUUAUUUAUGAUUUCAAAUAUAUGAUAAUCUAAUUCGGUA